GUGUAGUUGAAAAUAGUUUACUUUUUGAAUGUAGCGCUCAACUUAUCGAUGACAUGCGGCAUUUGAAGCUACAGUGCGAUACAAUAACAACGCGUGUAAUCGAUAGUUAGUUUUAGCCAUCCCUUCAUUUCAAUUAAACGGCGUUUUUGUGCGCGUCACAUUAGAAGUUAUCCCAACUUGUAUUUCUAAAUCAACAAUUUACCCCCUUGCGCCACCUCCUGCGCCGCUGCGGUUCGUGGUCGAGUUUCACCAGUUGCCCACACAAAAGAAUACAAUAUGGAUACGCCGCGUCGCAAACUGCGCAACCUGCACAUGGAGAACGUGCAAAACAAUAGCACACCAAUCAGAAUACCGCCAUCGCCAAUGCUGAAGACACUGGGACAUGGCACCGGUGUCAGUGUAUAUCGCCUGGACAGGUCACCCAAGCAUGGACAGAUCCGUUCGCCGUGGGCGGUCAAACGUAUAACACAGCGCACCCGGGCCAAAAAAGAGAUGGUCUAUAAUGAGCGCAUCGUGCACGAAGCAGCCAUCUUGCGCAAACUCAAUCAUCCCAAUAUUGUGGGCUUUCGUGGGGUCAUCAAGACGCCGGAGGGCAUCGAUACGCUGGCUUUGGAAAUGUGCAGCACUUCGCUAGGCUCCAUUUUGGAGGAGCGUCACGAUGAGGAUCUCGGCCCCUUGCCCGCCAAACACACCUUCAAAAUGAUCAUGGACAUUGCGCAUGCCCUCGACUUUUUGCACUGUGAGGCGCGUCUGCUGCACGGUGAUCUCAAGUCUUUCAAUGUCCUGGUCAAGGGUGAAUUUGAAAUCUGUAAACUCUGCGAUUUUGGCGUCACACUGCCGUUGGACGAGAAUGGCGAAAUCAGUUUUCAAAAGAAUCCCCAUCUACAGUAUGUGGGCACAACGAUUUGGUCGCCGCCAGAGAUUAUCGAUGAAGUGGAGAUUAUUGACAGCAAAGCUGACAUCUUCAGCUUCGGCCUUAUCAUAUAUGAGACAUUGGCUCUGGUGCCGCCACACACACUGGAACUGGACGCCGCCUUUAAUAGCAGCAACAAUACCAUGGACAUGGACAGCUCACAGGAACUGCCGCAACGCAAACAGCUCAGCUAUGGCAACGAUGAUAGUCUAACAGCGACGACGACGACGUCAAAGGACACAACACCAGCUGAAGAGAGCAUCGAUGAGGAUGAUGAUGGAGAUGGAGAUGGUGAUGGUGAUGGCGAUGGUGAUACAGAUACAGAUGCAGAUGAGGAUGACACCAAAGAGAAUGACAUUUCUGAUUAUUCGAUGACACACCUCGAGCAAGCGUAUGGCACACGUCCACCACUGCCGGUUGCCUUCCAGCUCAGCGACGAUUACAAUUGCAUUGUGGAGUUGUUCUAUUUGUGCACCAAUGCUUUGAGCGAGGAUCGACCCGCUGCUCGGACCAUUUGGCAGUGCUUCGAGAACAAUGCAGCCAAUGUGGCCACCGCAUGCGAUGUCUCCAGCGAUUAAACGCUAUAACUAUAAUUAUAAAUCUAUGUAUAAGUUCAUUAUGCGCGUGUACAGUAUGUGGCCAACAAACAAAAACUAAUUCGUAA